UGACCGCUUUCCCUGCGCGAGGGGGAAACAAUGAGAGGCGGCCGUGCUCCGAUUCCGGCCAUUUGAAUGGGCUGAGCUGUAGGUCAGGAUUCGCGGCGUGACUUCAUAUUUUGAUAACAAUUAUCAUUCUAAUUAUCAUCAUCAUCAUCAUCAUUACGCUAAUAACAAUACAUUGCAGAAUGAGUAGAGCAGGCAGUGCCAUGUGAAGCUCUGUGUCUCACCGGGGGUGUGUUUGCAACAAAUCCGUCCAACUUUUGCAAAGCGGCUCUGUCUGGACUUGUGAGAAUCUGCAUGGACUAACAUGAAAAGCCUAAAAGCAAAGUUCAGGAAGACUGAUAGCAACGAGUGGAGCAAAAAUGAUGAGCGUCUCCUAAGUGCAGUGGAGCAUGGAGAGACGGAGAAGGUCACCACCCUCCUGGCCAAGAAAGGAGCGAGUGCCACAAAACUGGAUGGCGAGGGCAAGUCUGCUCUACAUAUUGCAGCCACUCGGGGUCAAGCAGAAUGUCUUGCCCUCAUCCUGGCCCACGGAGCUGAUGUAUCUCUAAUGGAUGCUUCAGGUUCUAGUGCUUUACACCUUGCUGCCAAAAACAAUCAUCAGGAAUGUGCCAAAAAACUCGUGCAGAGUAAAUGUGUAAUUGAUGCUUUGGACAGCGGAGGGAGGACUGCCCUUCAUCACGCAGCUGCCAAUGGAAACAUUGUUAUUGUUCAACUCCUGUGUGAGAAUAAGUGUCCUGUGAAUUUGAAAGAUAUGGAUGGAUUCACACCCUUGCUGCUCUCAGCGAGACAUGCCCACACAGAGGUCUGUGGCAUCCUGCUAGACUGGGGAGCCAGCAUCAACGCUUGUGACCGGAAUGGCAGGAGUGCCGUCAUGCUGGCAAGUGAGAGCAGCUGCGUCACAUGUGUGGAUCUGCUCGUGCACAGGGGAGCCGAUCUACACCUGAUUGACUCACUCGGACACGACGUGCUGCACUACGCCAAGCUGUCGGGCAGCGCCGAUGUCCGAGCUAUAAUCACCGCUGCCCUGCAGCGCCACCCAGCUGAGUCAGCAGAUAAGAGUUCACCCAGAAGCCAGCAGCUGCAAGAUCACACAUCUAAGCUUAAUGAUGAGAGAAGCACAACCCCAAAAAAACGAAAAGCACCUCCUCCUCCUAUUAGCCCUUUGCAGCUGGAUAUCGUCUCGCCACCGUAUUUGACUCCAAAUGAGACUCCGGUGUCAAGUAAGGGUGACAAGAGAUUCAAUUACAAGGAGGUGGACCUGCGGAGUGUGUCACUGUUGAGAGAGGAGAUUGAGAAGCUCCAGGAAGAGAAGAGUAUGCUGCUGGAGACCAUUGCAGAUCUAAAGCAGAUUACGGAGCAGACUGAGCCCAAGACUGAACACUGUGGAAACUCAGCAUUGCUUGCAGCCCUUCAAGCCAAGGUGGCAUCGCUCUCGCUGGAGAACCAGCAGCUUGCCCAGAUCAUUAAGAAGCGUCCACCUCCUCAAGGUGAGGAAGGCCAGGUGGACUCGCGUCCAAACAGCAUCGGCUCCAACACAUCAUACCACUCCACUCAUGCUGAAUUCGAUCUCUCCAGUGAGCAGGAGCUUUCUGAGGUCUCAACUUUUAAAGCUGAAGAGGUGAGCGAAGCCACAAAGGGGGUGUACGAGGAAGAAAUUGCAGUGCUUAGGGACGAGCUGCAUUUCCUGCGAAUUGAAUUGGAUAGGUUGAGGCUGGAAAAUCACUCCCUGCAAUCCAGACUUGAGCCCAACUCUCAUACAGGGGAAAUUGGAAAUGAAAGUCUGUCAGAAAGCAGGGCUGACAUCAAGGCCAAGCUGGAAGUCCUGCAGAAAAAGUACGAGGAAGUGGCGUUUGAGCUGGAAUCCCACCGGAAGGAGAGGGCGAGAGCGGCACCUACAGGAUCUCCAAGCCAAGAUGAUCAAGUAGUACAAAAGUUUCACCUUUUAAAAGGCUGUCUCGAACAGGAGGUUAAAGAUCUGAAGACAAAGCUGGCCAAGUUGCAGGAAGACAAAAUGCAUGAUGCGCAGUUGAUAAAAGAACUGGAGGCUCGGCUAGAGAGUAAAAGUUGUCAAGUUGUAGAGGAUGAGUGUCAGGAAUUGAAAAACUCUUACAGCCUUCUGGUGGAGAAUAACAACCAAGAAAAGGCGCUGUUGAUUGAGAAGUACGAGGAGGCUCAAGACGAGAUAAAGAUGCUUCAGGAGGCCUUGCGUGGUACUGUGUCCGUGGAGGCCGCUGCUAAAGACUUCGAUGAGAUGAAGGCUGAGAUGGGUGGGGUUAUUGAUGGACUCCAGAAGCGGCUGUUGGAGCUCUCAAAAUCCUACAGCGAGGCGAAAAACGAACUUGCAGAAGCCCGAAAUCAGAUCCAGUCCAAAGCCUUGGAGACCAAGCAGCUAUCACAGUCAGUGUGUUUGACUAAAGAGCAGCAUGAGAAAAAAUUACAAGAGCUGAUGAAUAGGAUCAAGGACAUGCAGAACUUGUCAAAUGACACCGAUGUCAAGUAUCAGUCAGCGCUGAAAGAAAUUUCUCAACUCAAACAGGAUGCAGAAAUUCAGGCCAAGUCAUCAGUGAGCAUUGCAGACCACACUCAGGUCGUGGCCUCUUUAGGAAAUGCCAUGAAGAGCUUAGAGUCCGAGAUGGACGUUCUUAAACAACAGCUUACGGAGAAGACCUCACAGCUGGACGCCUUACAAAACAGACCUGCUGUGGAGGAAGACGUGAUUCCGAAUGAUUGUGUUUCCAAAGUGGAUCAUGAGCAGAUGAUAGAGUCCCUGGAGCAGAAGAUCAGUCACCUCACCCAGCUUCUUCAGGAUGCUCUGAGGAAGCAGGAUGAGAUGGCACUACAGGUGACUGCAGCCUGGCAGGAGGUGAAGGAUAGCAAGAAUGAGAACGAGGCAGCGCAGAAGCUCGUGGUAGAGAGAGAGCAAGAGAAUAAGAUGCUGAGUGGAAAGUGCAGAGAGGCCCAGGAAGCCAUCACACAGCUGAAAAAAAUGGUGGAAAAUCAUGUACACUCAGAAAGAGAGAAGAAUAAAAAGAUUGACGAUCUGUCAAAAGAGGUGGGGAAGUUGAAGGAGGCCCUGAACAGCUUGUCCCAGCUCUCAUACACAACAAGCAGCCCAAAAAACCGACAGCAGAUCCAGCAGGUUGAUUCCCUACAACAGCAGAUCAAACAGCUGCAGUACCAACUGGCUGAGACUAAGAAGAGACACCAUGAAACUGUUUCUGUGUACAGAAUGCACCUCCUCUAUGCUGUUCAGGGUCAGAUGGAUGAAGAUGUUCAAAAGGCCCUGAAACAAAUUCUGGUGAUGUGUAAAAUACCAGCAGAGGAAAAAUGACAGUGCUGACAUGUUCCUCCAGACCAGACGCUGCCUAAAUAACAGUGGUAGAAGGAAGUUUGCACUUUCAUUGAGAAUGUGUCCAGAUUAAAAGGAAUCGGCAGUCUUUUUUAGCAUCUCUGGAAAAAGUAGAAGGAUGAAAUGAGGUUUAAAUAUUACUCUUUUGUAUUUGCAAGCACUUGAUAAUGAAAGCAUCAGACAAUCAAAUAAAGAAUGAAGCAGUAAAAUAAG